UAGGAGAAUAUGAAGAAAUAGUCUCUGUUUUAUAGGCAAAACAGACGCUGUAAACAAAACAGUUCCACACUCCCCCGUGAGCACCAUAUAUAGUUUCCAGUCAUUGCACAACGCGCAUUAACUCGUACCUCAAACUCUAUGGCGGCUGCAUCACCUUUAGCUUUUGGCAACUUCACAGAAGAAGAUGCCAAAAUCGUUCUGAGGGUUGCUAAUUACAGCAACAUGCAACUAUUCAGUUCUAGGAUAGUGAUGCGACUCGGUGACGCAUGGGAGAGUGAGGAGACAUGGGACGCGGUAUAUUCCAUUGGGUUCGGCGAUCUUGUGUGCAAGGUAACCAAGAAUUUGACCGGACCUGCAUUCACUGUGACGGCAGCCGUUGGGGGUUUUCGCAUUCGAACUGGUAAUGGAGUUAAGAGCCCCAUGGAACAGGUCGACGCUCACUUCUUCAGCGCUGAGGCAUCCACCAGUUACUCCUCGUUUCACUACGAGACUAAGAUUGGACUCACCCUGGUUGAAUGUCAUGUCUCCGCUUUAGAUGUUCGUCUCGGAGUUGGAUUAUCAUGUGGAGCAGGUAUCAAAGACGAUUCAUUGACCCUAAAAGUGGCUGGAACCGGUUUCCAGCUGGGUCGCAAGAUCGGUGUCUCUGUGCUCGGUAACUCAGUUGCCGUGGACCUUGCCAAGUGUUCAGUCAUGUAACUGAUCUGCACGAGAAUUGGACUCUUAACCUCUAAACACUGUGUGCGAUACAAUUGAACUUCCUUUCUCAUGUU